AUGGAUAAAAACUCUGCCGUUCAACCGGAUAACAUUCUCGCUCUACAGUAUCUAAAACUGGAAGAUGGCGGCGGCGAUCCGCGUGAAAAUUUUCCGACGGUCCAAACUCGCCGGCAGGAAACCGGGUCUUCUUCUUCAUGCUCAUCGAUGUCGUUGACCGUGGAGGAAAAGUUCAGAAUAAUAAAAAGCAUAGCGGAAGAGUUGACCGUGGAGGAUGAACUAUUGACUCUCUUGUCUAACAAACCUAACCCGAUUUGUUACGACAGGUUCGAACCCUCGGGUCGAAUGCACAUCGCCCAAGGGGUCAUGGAGGUGAGGAGUUUGUUUCCUUGUAAACGUCCGGUCAACCAGCCGGUUAAACACCCUAGGUGA